GGAGCUGUGCGCGGUGCUGACCGCCGGCCGCGGAGCUGUCCGCAGUGCUGACCGUGGCCGAGACCUGAGGCUGUAGCAGCGGGGCUGGGGUCCUGCGGCUCAGGCCGCUGGCCGGCCUGAAGCAGAGGGGCUUUGGCUUUUCUCUUUCCAUCCACUCUGCUUCCGUGGAUAGCAGUCCCGUUCCAUCCUCCAGCACCGUUCCCAUGCUCUGGCUGCACUACCAUGCCACAUCAGUCUGACCCUCUGCAAGCAACCAGUUCCCUCACAUUGCCCUGGAUGAAAGAGCCUGGAUGGGGGGCCUGUGUGGGGACUGGGUAGCUCCGGGUCCUUCCCCCAGUUCCCCUUCUGGAGUUGUGUUCAACACCCUCCCUGAAGUCCCGCGCCAGGUCACUGUCCCCACGUGGGGCUGUGGAAUGACCAGGUCGUUCCUGGUGGAGAAAUUGGUAUCGGAUGCUCUUGCAUUGAGGAGGCAGGUGUUUCAUGUCUGGCUUGUGCCGGCUGGGAGCGAAGGGGAGGGGGAGCUGCCUUUGUUCCAGACAAGGGAGCAGAUGCAUGUCAGUGUACAGCCUACUGGGGAUGCACACACGCAGCACAAACACACGUGCAUGCAAGCACAUGCGCACACUCCUCACCAAGAACAUGUGGUGCAAAGCAGACCCUCUUCUCAGCUAUCCCACUUUAUGCUGGAUGAGUCUUCCUGGGCACAGACCUGCUCCCAGCCUACCCUCUGCUGGCCUCCUCCUUUCCAGCAGCUUGUGAAAAGGGAUGGGCUCUUUGUGACAGACUACUUCACCCGCACACCACGCAAGCUCAGCCCCUUCCGCUCCUUUGCCAGCAUCGAGCUCUUCCAUUUCCACAUUCCUGAGGACACUGUCAUUGCCGUCUGGAACCUCAUCACUUUCAAGGAGCAAGGUGGCACCUUUGGGGAUCAAUGCCCAGACCGCAGCAUCACCGUGUAUUUCCGCUCAGGGGCUCCCUCUGUCAUUAACCCGCUGCACACGCACUUCCCCAGGGACACGGCCGUCCCUGGCUCCUUCGCACUGACCCUCACCUGGACCCUGCCCAACCGCACCACAGGCGUGUUCAAUGUCACCAGCCCACUGCCCGGGGACUGGUUCCUGGCUGCCCACCUGCCCAAAGAUGAGGGCAAGAUCUCCGUUAAGGGACUCUACGAGGAGUGCCAGUAUCUCUUCCAGCCACAGCUCAUCGUGCAGCGCCUGGUGAACAUCGCUGUGCUGUACCCCGGUCAUGUCACCGAGCAGAGCAUGGCCCCUCACAACCGCUCCUGCCUCUACAAGGUCUUUGUGCCCAGCUACACAUCGCAAGUACUCGUGGAGGUGCUGCGGUGCCGUGGGGCCGAGGGCUGUCCACUCUGGCUGCGUGUGCGGGCCAAGGCUCCCCCCCUGCACAACUCCACAACCCUGGACUGCCAGGAACACACUCCCUGCCAGCUGGCACAGGACCUGCCCUUCUGGCAGCACUGGUACUACGUGCUGGUGGAGAAACACCCUGGGGUGCCGGGCACCAUCUCCUUCCAGGUCACUGUACAGCUCACAGACUGUUCCCGACCCAGCCUGGCCCGGCCACCCUUCCUGCCCUCCAGCGCCUCCAUGAACAUGCCCCACUCCUUUGGCUCCGCGGGUGGGCUGGCACUGGGGGACAGCCCUCCACCCACCAGCCCCAACGACACGAAGCACCCAGUCCCCAUCCCUGUCACAUUACACACCGGAGAGCAGUGCUGGCCUGUCCGGCCCACACUGCGGAACGAGCUGGACACCUUCUCUGUCCACUUCUACAUCUUCUUCGGGCCCAACGUGUCAGUGCCGCCAGACCGCCCGGCUGUCUUCGUCAUCAACCUCCUGCCAGUGCUGGACAGUGGCGGGGUGCUCAACCUGGAGCUGCGUCUCAACGUGAGCUCCCUGUGUGGUGAGAAUGUGACAGUGUUUGGGUGUCUAAACCAUGGAGUCCCACUGACAUCCAGUGACAACACCUCGGUCAUCUGUGAGACAGAGUCUCUGGCAGGCUUCCUGCUCUCCGUUAAUGCCACAGCCAGCCUCAGCCGCCUGCGGAUCCCCUACCCACAGACAGGCAGCUGGUACCUGAGUCUGCGCUCACUCUGUGCCACAGAACACGGGUUUGAGCCCUGCACCAACGUGACAGCUGAGGUGUACCUGCGCGCCUACCUCUCACCCUGCAUCAACGACUGCGGCAUCUAUGGCCAGUGCAAGCUGCUGCGCACCAACAACUACCUGUACGCUGCCUGCGAGUGCAAAGCUGGCUGGAACGGCUGGGGCUGCACGGACAACGCUGAGGCUUUCUCCUAUGGCUUCCAGCUCCUCUCCACGCUGCUGUUGUGCCUCAGCAAUGUCAUGUUUGUGCCUCCCGUGGCCAUUGCUGUCCGCAGCCACUACCUCCUAGAAGCUGCUGUCUACAUCUUCACCAUGUUCUUCUCCACUUUUUACCAUGCCUGUGACCAGCCAGGCAUUGUGGUGUUCUGCAUCAUGGAGUAUGAUGUGCUGCAGUUUUGUGACUUCUUGGGCUCUCUCAUGUCUGUCUGGGUCACUGUCAUCGCCAUGGCCCGUCUCCAGCCCAUAGUCAAGCAGGUGCUGUACCUGCUAGGGGCCAUGCUGCUCUCCAUGGCUCUGCAGAUGGACCGUCAUGGGCUCUGGAACCUUCUGGGGCCCAGCCUUUUUGCUUUGGGGAUAAUGGCCGUCGCCUGGACGGCUCGCACCAUCCGUCGCCGCCACUGCUACCCACCAACCUGGAAGCGCUGGGCUUUCUACCUGUGCCCAGGAGCGCUGAUCGCAGCGGCGGCCGUGCUGCUCUACGCCUUCGUGGAGACAGAGGAGAAUUACUUCUACAUCCACAGCAUCUGGCACCUGCUCAUUGCCGGCAGCGUUGGCUUCCUGCUGCCGCCCCGUGCCAAGCCCAGCAGGCGCCUGGGGCCCCUGCCCCGGCGCAAGGGAUGUGGGUACCAGCUCUGCAUCAAUGAGCAGGAGGAGCUGGGGCUUGUCGACCCCGCUGUGGCCUCCAUCAACAGCAUUUGUACCAGCUGAUGCUGAAGCCAGCUCAGACUCCUCUGUCAUGGACAGCAGCCCUGUGGGGCUGGCACCCACUCUCUUUGCUGGCCACCCAUCUCUGGGGGUGCCAGGACUCCUCUGGACAGGCACACAGCCACCUGUGCCAACCUGUUCUUCCAAUUACAGCCUGAUGGAACUUGUC